CACUCUUCUUCACCUUCUCGGGCCCACACUGCACUGCUCCAAUAAUAGCCGUCGCGGUUGCCGGAGGCUGCGGGUCGAGUCUUGACUGUUUGUUACUAAGCACGGCUGAAUGUGUGGCGGUCAUGACGCGAAUAUCCUCACUUCAAUCGGCAACCAACCCAUCUUCGUUCGAGUGGACACUCUGUUGAGCUCCAUACGCAGUGCAGUUUCGAUGCUGGUUCCUCAAUGCAAAGGCCGCUUAUGAGAAUUCCCUAUACGGGCCCUCUACCUCCUCCCAAUACCAUACCGAGAAAUGCAAAUACUAUCACUGGGGCAAUUGCAGCACUCUCGACAUUCCUCACAGCCCCUCCUUCGCCAUUCUUACAAGAUGGGUUCGGAGACCCGACUUCAACGGUAAUACUAUCUGGUGCAGGCAUCUCGGUUGCAUCUGGCCUAGCCGACUACAGAGGGACGAAAGGGACAUAUAGGGUGAAUAAGACGUAUCGACCAAUUUAUUAUCAUGAAUUUCUGGCAAAUCAUGAAGCGAGGAAGAGAUAUUGGGCCCGGAGUUUUUUAGGAUGGACGAAUCUACACAAGGCCAAGCCGAAUGUUACCCAUUAUGCUAUUAAGACUCUUGGGCAGAUGGGUUUCGUUCGGAACGUCAUUACGCAAAAUGUAGAUUCUUUUCAUUCGAUAGCCCAUCCGGACCUCCCGACUCUUGAGCUUCAUGGAUUUCUUCGGGCGCUGAUAUGCGUAACUUGCCACAGAGAGUUGGCAAGGGACGACUUCCAAGAGUCGUUGGCAAGGUUGAAUCCAGUCUGGGCUGCGUUUCUGACCGACGCAGUUGCAUCAGGAGCAUUAGAUACGGAGAAUCCAGAUGAAAGGCGCGCAAGAGGGAUGAAAACGAACCCGGAUGGAGACGUUGAUCUUCCGGGGGCCCCCUACCACACAUUUAGAUACCCGCCCUGUCCUCAUUGUCUGGCGAACCCACCGAUCUCCGGUGAUGGUGUCCAGUCGAAAGUCGACAUUGACCACGAAGGUGCUUGGAAGUCAACAAGUACAGCUGGAAUUCUGAAGCCGUCUGUUGUCAUGUUUGGAGAGAGCAUUGCGCCUAGGGUGAAGGAGGCGGCUGAGCAUGUAAUUGACGGAUCUGGUAGGUUGCUGAUAUUGGGAACCUCUCUGGCAACAUAUUCUGCGUGGAGGCUUGCGAGGCGUGCCAAAGAAAGGGGAAUGCCGAUUGGGAUAUUGAAUCUCGGUGGAGUCAGGGGAGAGGAUGCUUUCUUCCAGGACUUGCUAGUCAGUCAGCAGGGAGAAUCCGGUGUUCGAAUCGACAUGGGAACAGACAAGAUCCUCCCCGACUUGGUUGAUCAACUGAAGCGUAACGGAGUCUCUGAUCAACACAGAAGUGAUCCUUCCCAUGCAGAAGAACGGAGCAUAAAUAGUCGCAUCUCCAAGGACAUGCUGUCCUAG